GUCGGCUUUCUAUUCUACUCUCCGAAUGUAAACAGAGCGCGUAAGCUCGCACAUUCACGUUACCAAAAUAUCGCCAUAGUCUUCGAUCGUCGAUCGCAAGCGGUUGAAUGAAUAUUUCGCGCGCACGCCCUCGUAAAGCGGGUGAUGAAUUUUUAUAAAAACAACCUAUCGACUAUCCGAAAGUUGUAAACUUUCAUAAAAAUACAUCGUCCGCCAGACACUGCAGCAUCUGUAUAAUUCAAAGUAAAAAGAUUCAUUGAAAUACUUAUACAAGGAUGGGUGACAACACUCCGCAAAGACAGGAUCAGCCCGAGGCCGGAGAAGAAGGAUCGCAAAUUCCGCGUUUCGCGACGCAAGAUCUUCUGCUGAGAUGCCGGAGGUGCGGAGAGAUCGCCCGGCGCACCGGACUGUUCCAGUGCCUGAUCAUCGACAGCUGCCGCGCGGUAUUCCCCGAGAAAGAGUGCAUGAUCGCGCACAUGAAGCUGUCCCACCCCGGAGCGUCGAGGCCUUGCAAGCCCGGACCCUCGACCAUAGUCUGCGUCUCGGCCGGUUGCAAGCAAAAGUUCACGUGCGAGGCCGCCUAUCUCGCGCACCUCGACUCGGUUCACGGCUUGCACAAGUUCUUCUGCGCCGGCUGCCACCUCAUCAUCCAGGCGGACAGGAGGUCCAAGGACCCCUACAAGCACAAGGUCAAGGGAAGCGGCAAAGGAAAAUUCAGAAAGGCCGAAGACUUGACGAGAAGCGAAAAACGAAGGGCCAGCAAGCGGCUCGUUAAACAUUUUGCUCCCAAGACUCUGUUCAAAAGCGAGGAGGAGACAGAGGACGACGACACCGACGAAGAAGAAGAUGAAGAAGAAGAACAACAAAAGAAAGAGGAUCCAGGUAAAUCGAAAACAAAGAAAGUAUUGGACUACGUGGGAUUAACCAACCUUUUCGGAAAAAUGCGGAGAAAACGAACCCACAGUUCCUCGGGACCGGACAGUACAAGCUCGAGUAAAAAUGCGCUCGAUAUAAUUCCGCCAGACAAUCAGUCGCCGCUCAAAGAUACCAUGAGUACGAUUCCGGUAGGCGGUUACCGUGCCGCGGAAUUUCUCAUUCAGAAUCAAGACAAAUUGGCUCCACCGCAGAAACCUCCUGUAACGAGCCCGGCUGGGCCAACGACGGGUCUAUCCGCCGCAGAAUUGAUCAAUCGAGCUCAGAGCCAAGCGCUCAAAGUCACACCCACCAAAAGCUCGCCAGCUCGUUCGUCGCGGUCCACUCCGGGUAAAGCCGAUCAAGCUCGAAGUAUACCGAUGGUUCUCACGCCUACUCAGAGUCCGGUUUCUCAUCGAGCUGCUGCCGCAUCGGCGGAGCCGAAUCGUCCGGCUGAAAAUCCACCGAUGCUACUUACGCCGACUCAGAGUCCGGUUAUUCUGCGGCGAGCUGCUGCUGCGGCGGCGGAACCGAGUCGUCCGGCUCCAGAGCCACCGGUCGGACGCCCGGCAUCGGCCGAUAUGCGCCCGCUGGAAGCUUACCCACACCCUGGCUCGAUCACGUACGUACUGAUCGAAGAUGACUUGUUUCCCCUGAGCCCGAGGUCGAGCGCAUACUACGGUCUCGACACGAGGAGCGGACAUACACCGGCCGAUAAGAGCGGGGCAGUUCAGAGGUAUGCCGAGUCAAAACGUCGGGCGCAACUCGGUGAGUCCAGGCUCAGAGACUUAUUACUUGGGGUCGAUAGUGCGGCUACUACUACUGGCCGGCGUUCGGUAAUUAAAACUCCUAGCCCGGCUCAAGGCCAAGCAGUCAGACCCAAAAUCAGCCCGGACUCCGCAAUCGAAACAACUCCUCCGGUAGUCUCGUCCACUACGAGUCCGGAAAUCGAUAGCACUCCUGGAAAUCAAGGUCUUCCGGCUCGAAGACGUGGAUACCAACUAUCAAGCCCGACGGGACUCACACCCGAGACAAGUCCGGAAAUUACGCACAAGUCUUCGCUAGAAAAUUUGAUGAAAAUGGUCGAUAAGAUACCACUACCCGGUCAGUCCGUACUCAAAAAAGUAAAAUUGUCACCCGGUACGAGUCCGAACCUCAAUCGUCGGCCUACUCUGCCACGGCCGCAACGUCGGGCUCAAGAGCCACGUCGAGCUCAAGAGCAAGCGUACGAGGAUACUCCGGAAUACAAGGAAGAACAACGUCGUAAAAAUAUGACUCCCGAAGAAUUGAGGCAAGCUUUUCUCGAGAAGGUCGAAGUCGAAAAGCGCAAGCUGCAAGAAAACGCCGGCCGGAAAGCCAACAUCUUCGAUGUGUUCGGAGCCAUUAAAAAUGCCGCGAGUACUGUUCCAGGUGGAGAAAGUGUACUUCCAGCUUCUAUAUUGGAAGAGCAUGUCUUGAAAGGGGGGUCGGAUCACACUGGAACGUCUUCGGGCAGAAGCGAAGAAGAAGAGGAAAGAUUUUUCAUUGAACAUUCACGAAAAAAAUUUGAUACGAGUAUGAGUGGCGGAAUUUCUGCGCCUCAAUAUAGCUCGAAAUCCUCCAAGGAAGAUGCACCGCCUGCGCGCAGAGAUUCGCCCGCCAAUCUUUGUGAUUUUGUAGAUAUAACGCCAGCCAUACGGAACCCUUAUCAAUUGCCCGACACUCCCGACGGUUCCGCCAAAGCUUCGUCCGAUGAACAUUCGAGCGGAGAGAGUCCAGCCGCUAGGCCACCAAGAAACAGGGGGCCAGAAAUUCGAGAGCGCGUGAGUAGUUUACCGCCAAAAAUGAGAGCGAAUCCUGAAAUUCUUAAAAAAAUCGAUGAGUUAAUGGAAGAAAAAAAGCGUCUCUUAGAAGAGUUCAACAGGAGAGAAGAUGCUCGAGAUAUUAGUCAAAUGUUGCCUAGAAAUGAUUAUAGGCCACCGGAUUCGAUGCCAUUGGGUAAAUAUUACAAUCCAAGGGACCCCAAAAAUCCCAAAUGGCCGGAAUUUAAAAUACCCAUGUCUAAGCGCGAAAGACAAUUAAGAUCACUGGAUGGAGAUGAGCCGUCCCAGGAAGAAGAAGAACCAGCUCAAGAUGAAAGUUUUGACGUUAGUAUUAUAGAAUACGAUCCGAAAACUUUAAAAUAUGCGCAUUAUAAAGACCAUAGGCGUGCCGAAUAUCCCAUCGACGACGAAGCAACGGUGGAAAAAAGAAAAGAGCAUAAAAACAAAGUGUUCGGUGACGCGCUGAAAAAAGUCCUCAGAAAGGUCUCGAAUAUCAACAUAAAACGAAACCAGGAAAAAGGGGUAAGCAAAAUAGGACAACUAUCGCCAAAAAGCCGCAAGGCGGUCAUCGAUUUGUCGCAAAACGUUUUUGUGCGAGAGGAAGACAUCCAAGUGUCCGUGGAAAACUGCGAAAAAAUGAAGCUCAAAAAGUUGGUGAAGCUAACAGUCCGUGACGUCUUGCACUUGUCUCGGCACAGCUUGGUUCUGCAGGCGAGCAACUACCCAAGAGGCGACAGCGAAUGGGUGGACAAUGUCUUUGAUAACGGCGAGACUGCGACCGCUCGACGAGACGAACAUCGCGAGAAGCCAAAAGGCUCGAAAAAAGAAAAGGCGCGAAAAGCAUGUAGGCGAUCGGCGUCCGAAAGUGCCGCAGCAGACUCGUCUCGCGGAGGCUUGGCGCAAGAGAACAUACUUGGGGCUUCGGCUGGUGCCCGUCCACAAGAAAUGAGACAAGAAUCAAGUUGGGAUAUACCUUGGAUCUCGGCUGGUGACCGUCCAAAAUUACCGAGAGAACAAUCAAGCUUGAAUAUACCUGGGACCUCGACAGGUGUCCGUCCAAAAGAACCGAGAGAACAAUCAAGCUUGAAGAAGCCAAUGGACAAACCUCGAGCUUCUUCAAGCACGGAUGAUAGUUCUGGAGAGUUACCGAAGAAACAGAUGAAAAUGCGACACGCGUCGGUACCAUCCUCAUUUCCACUUUAUGAAUCUUUCGAGGGGGAAAGAUUCAUCCCGUGCAAAAAGAUUUUAAUUCGAGAUUCUAAAAGAGGACAAAAAGUCAAAUAUAUGUUCCAUGUGUAUAAAUCGGAAACCAACUUGAAUGAUAGCGAGUCGGAUGAUAGCAAAACUGACACCGCGGAUGAGAACGGUCAAGAUGAACCGAAGAAAAACGUUUGAAAAAGUACGAGGAAUAUUUUAGAAUUGCAUUGAACUAUUUUUUGUAUAAUUUUACAUUCUAUGAA